CUGCUUUCCUUGCCAUCAUUCUUCUUCUACUUCUUUUCCCUUCUUUCUUCUGUCAUAAGCUAAAACAGCAUUAAAAACUUUCAUAAGUUUAUUGUUUCGAAAGGUGGACAUGGAGCUAGCGCAACCCAUGUUUAGAGAAACACCUGAAGCCCGGAAAUUGAAGACACCAAAUAAUGGUAAAACUUCAAUAAUCAGGAACGGGAAUUCAUCAUCAUCAGGUUCACGACCAGGCUAUUCCCAUGUUCCUAGCAAACUUUGUCACGGUUCCGAAUCAUUCAGGACUCUGGAGAUGGGUGUGCCAAAGGUUGACUCAGCUGACAAAAAGCUGUCUUGGCUACGAUCUCAAAUCAUUGGCGGUGAUGCAGAGUUUGACUCUCCUUUUGGAACCAGAAAACUUACUUAUGCUGAUCAUACAGCAUCAGGCCGCUGUCUUCACUACAUCGAAAACUUUAUUGUCACCAAUGUUCUGCCUUCUUAUGGGAACACCCACACGUGUGACAGUUAUGUGGGCCACAGGACAACAAAAAUGGUGCAUGAAGCAUCUAAUUACAUUAAAAGAUGCCUUGGUGGUGGCCAAGAUGAUGCAAUUCUGUUUUGUGGCUCCGGCUCAACGGCAGCAAUUAAAAGGUUACAAGAAGUUAUGGGGAUUACGGUCCCAUCAAUUCUGAGAGACAGGUUAUUAAAUUGCUUAGUCAAUGAGAAGAGAUGGGUGGUUUUCGUUGGCCCUUACGAGCACCACUCCAACCUGCUUUCAUGGCGUCAAAGCCUGGCUGAAGUGGUGGAGAUUGGUUUAGAUGAGAAUGGUUUGAUCAACAUCGAAGCUCUAAGACGACAGCUUGAGUUUUAUAAACACGCCAAUAGACCUUUGCUUGGUUCAUUUUCUGCUUGUAGUAAUGUGACUGGGAUUCAAUCAGAUACUCGAGAGAUUGCUGAACUUCUUCAUGAGUACGGAGGUUUUGUUUGCUUUGACUUCGCAGCAAGCGGUCCUUAUGUGGAGAUUGACAUGAGAUCAGGGGAGAUUGAUGGAUAUGACGCUGUUUUCCUUAGCCCACAUAAGUUUCUUGGUGGUCCUGGAUCGCCCGGUAUCCUUCUAAUGAGCAAGGCUCUGUAUCAGCUGGGAGCUUCUCCUCCAUCAACUUGUGGAGGUGGCACUGUUAAUUAUGUCAAUGGUUUCAACGAAAAGGACACACUAUAUGUAGGUGACGUAGAAGAAAGAGAAAAUGCAGGGACCCCUCAAAUAAUUCAGAUGAUUAGGGCAGCGUUGGCUUUCUGGGUGAAGGAAUACAUUGGUUAUGAAGUGAUUGAAAAGCAGGAGAAGUCAUACAUACAGCAAGCAUUAGAGAGGCUUCUCCCAAAUCAAAACAUUGGGAUUUUAGGAAAUACAAGCACCGAGACAGAGAGACAAGCCAUUCUGUCUUUCCUCGUCUACUCCACCACCAACUCAUGCCCUGGCCCCAUCAACAAGGAAGGUAACCACGUUGAUGAGCUAGAUGGACGGAUGAAAAGGGGACUUUUCAUGUGGGGGGAGACCGGGAGCAGGAGGGAUAAGCCUCUCCAUGGCCCUUUUGUUGCAACUCUCCUAAAUGACCUGUUUGGAAUCCAAGCUCGAGGAGGCUGUGCUUGUGCUGGACCUUAUGGCCACAGUUUGCUUCAUAUUGAUGAGUCUCGCUCCCUUGCCUUUAGAGAAGCUAUUGAAAAGGGCUAUUUCGGAGCAAAACCUGGAUGGGCAAGAGUUAGCUUUCCUUACUACAUGUCUAAUGAGGAGUUUGAAUUCAUCCUUGCUGCGAUGGAGUUUAUAGCCAUAUAUGGCCAACGGUUUCUUCCCCUAUACCAUUUCAACUUGAGAACUGGCAGCUGGACUUUCAAGAAGAAGGCACUUAAAGGCUUGUUAGGAAAGGAGAUGGGUCAGGGAAGUCACGUGUUGCCUUUGGCUAGUGCUUUCCAGGCAAUAAGCAUGGACCGUGACCAAUCCUCUCAAUACGAUGAUGCAGAUGUUUCUGUCAUCCCUAAGUAUGCAUCGUACUUGAAAGGUGCCAGACGAAUCGCUGCUCUCCUCCCCAAGUUUCCAUCUCAACGUAGGGUUCACGAGGAUUUAGACCUUGACCUCCUCCCUUUCAGGGUUUAACCAUAGCAUACUAUCAAGAUGUCCAGUCGAGUUCAUACCAAAUUUGUGUGUGUCCUCGCCGCCUUUGUUGAAUCGAAUAAUUUUGUCCCUACCUGACGGAAUUAGUAGAGUUCUAAUAAAUUAAAUUCACUCAAACUUGUUACCCUGAAAUUUCUUGCUGUUCCUGACAAAUUCCG